CUCCCCCCACCCUCCUAGUUUCUCUCUAUGUCUGAUUAAAUGAGAAGGAAGUGUGGGAGUGGUGGUUUUGAAGCUCUCCCUUUAAGAGGCAGCCUGCAGUGACGAAUUGUUGAAAUUGCCAUUGCAGGAUGGCAUUCCGCUAUAAAUUCAUUGUUCCACCUCCUCUCAUCUUCACAUUUCUCUCCCUUCUCCUCUUGUUCACAUCGACAGACUGGGGAUAACAACCAAAAUUAGCAAGGGAGAAGUUGUUUUACAAAACCCAGGGCAUUUUUUUACCAUCUCACCGGAGACGAUCGAGCCUUUUUUUUUUUUUUUGGCGUGUGUGCUUCUUCUCCUCUCUCCAGACAAAAGGGGGCAAAGGAAGGCAAGGCAAUCACCGGAGCGUAUGAAAGUGCCGAUCUGUACCGGAUCCCCCUGCCUCUGCUGCUGAUGCCGCGACUACAAGUUAGAAGUGGAGGAAGAGUGGAAAGUGCUCAAACUUCUCUGCCCGCCGGGUCUGAGCCUCACUUGUUUGCCUCCUGAGCGGCAGCUGUUUUAAGGUUGUGGUGUUCUCCUUCCAUGUGCUCCUGACUCUCCCCUGCAGAGACACGCAAAGUUCACACGCGAGCUGCCUUUGUUGACAUUUUUUUUUAUUUCCUCCCACUUGCUUCCACCUCGGGAGGUAUUUUCCCCUUCCUCUUAAGCGCCUGUGUUGAUCUCCACCGGGUGACUUUUUUUUUUUUUUUUGUAAGAGAGACAAAUAUGGUCCUGAAGUUUCUUUCCCUGCUGCUGGCUGCAGAGUUGCACUUUGCUGCUGCCAAGACCGGAGCUCCAACAGCAACAACAGCAGCAGCACCUGCUUAUGAUAAAACCCAGCCCCCUCCCGGAGCAGCAGCAGCCGCCCCGCAUCCUGGUCCCCUGCAGCUGCCCCGCACCAGCGGCCUGGUGCAGAACAUUGACCAGAUCUACUCCGGGGGAGGCAAGGUGGGCUACCUCCUCUACGCGGGCGGCAGCAGGUUCCUCUUGGACCUGGAGCGAGACGAGCUGGUGGGUCCGCAAGCCCCUUGGCACCACGGCGGGCGGCAGCAUCCCCGCCAAGCCUGGUCCCGCUGCUAUUACCGGGGCACGGUGGACGCCAGCCCCCAGUCCCUGGCCGUGUUUAACCUUUGCGGGGGGCUGGAUGGCUACUUCGCGGUCAAACACGCCCGCUACACGGUGAAGCCCUUGCACAGGGCUCCGGGGGCGGCCCCGCAGCCGAUCUACGGGUCCGGCUCCGCCCGGCUCCCGCACCUCUUCCGCAGGGACCACUUCAGCUUCCAGACGGUGCCCCCGCGCCCCAGCUGCGAGACGCGCGGCUCCGCUCCGGCCCUGCCGCUGGAGGGCGAUGGCGGGCCGCAAGGGGGCCAGCAGCGCCCCGCGGCCCCGAGCCAGCUGGCCCCCCGCGCGGCUCUAGCUCCCCCGGGCCGCGGCGGGCGCAGGAGCAGGCGCUCCAUCUCCAAAGCCCGCCAGGUGGAGCUGCUGCUGGUGGCCGACAGCUCCAUGGCCAAGAAGUACGGCAAGGGCCUGCAGCACUACCUGCUGACCCUGGCCACCAUCGCCUCCCGCCUCUACGGGCACGCCAGCAUCGAGAACCCCAUCCGGCUGGCCGUGGUGAAGGUGGUGGAGCUGGGCGACAAGGAGAAGGGGCUGGAGGUGAACAAGAACGCGGCCACCACGCUGAAGAACUUCUGCAAGUGGCAGCACCAGCACAACCCGCUGGAGGACGAGCACGAGGAGCACUACGACGCCGCCAUCCUCUUCACCCGGGAGGAUUUGUGUGGGCAUCAUUCAUGUGAUACUCUGGGAAUGGCAGACGUUGGGACCAUAUGCUCUCCUGAGCGCAGCUGUGCAGUGAUUGAAGAUGACGGCCUCCAUGCAGCUUUUACAGUGGCUCACGAAAUUGGGCACCUGCUUGGGCUUUCCCAUGACGACUCUAAAUUCUGUGAGGAGAACUUCGGUUCCAUGGAAGAUAAGCGCUUAAUGUCCUCCAUCCUGACUAGCAUUGAUGCUUCCAAACCUUGGUCCAAAUGCACGUCAGCAACCAUAACUGAAUUUUUGGAUGAUGGUCAUGGGAACUGUUUACUCGACCAACCAAGAAAGCAGAUCUUGGGCCCUGAGGAGCUUCCAGGACAAACAUAUGAUGCUAUUCGUCAGUGCAAACUGGCAUUUGGACCUGAGUACACAGUGUGUCCCGGUAUGGAUGUAUGCUCUCGCCUUUGGUGUGCAGUUGUUCGCCAAGGACAGAUGGUGUGUCUCACCAAGAAGCUUCCUGCUGUGGAGGGGACACCAUGUGGGAAAGGAAGGAUCUGCCUCCAAGGAAAAUGUGUUGACAAAACUAAGAAGAAAUAUUAUUCGGCUUCAAACCAUGGUAACUGGGGCUCUUGGGGGCCUUGGGGACAGUGCUCCCGUACAUGCGGUGGAGGGGUUCAGUUUGCCUAUCGUCACUGCAACAACCCAGCUCCUAGAAACAGCGGACGGUACUGCACUGGAAAGAGGGCCAUCUAUCGCUCCUGCAAUGUCGCAUCCUGCCCAGCAAAUGCUAAAGCCUUUCGACAAGAACAGUGUGAAGCGAGAAAUGGCUAUCAGUCUGACACAAAGGGUGUCAAAACGUUUGUUGAAUGGGUCCCUAAGUACGCUGGAGUGCUUCCCGGAGAUGUAUGCAAGCUCACCUGCCGAGCCAAAGGGACGGGUUACUACGUUGUGUUCUCUCAAAAGGUGACGGAUGGAACUGAAUGUAGGCCAUACAGUAAUUCUGUAUGUGUCCGGGGAAAGUGCAUUCGAACUGGUUGCGAUGGCAUCAUCGGUUCAAAGCUCCAGUAUGACAAAUGUGGGGUGUGUGGAGGAGACAAUUCCAGUUGCACAAAAGUCAUGGGAACGUUUAAUAAAAAGAGUAAGGGUUACACGGAUAUAGUGAAAAUACCUGUAGGAGCCACUCACAUCAAAGUCCGGCAGUUCAAGGCAAAAGACCAGAACAGGUUCACAGCUUACCUGGCCCUGAAGAGGAAAAAUGGUGAGUAUCUUGUCAAUGGAAAAUACAUGAUCUCCACUUCAGAAACAAUCAUUGACCUCAAUGGAACUAUGAUGAACUAUAGUGGCUGGAGUCAUAAGGAUGAUUUUUUGCAUGCAAUGGGACAUUCUGCCACAAAGGAGAUUCUUAUAGUCCAGAUUCUUGCAACUGACCCAACUAAAGCAGUGGAUGUCCGUUACAGUUUCUUUGUGCCAAAGAAGCAAACACAAAUGACUAACUAUGUCACAAGCAGUGGCAACAGUAAUAAAGUAACACCACACCUCACACAACUACAGUGGGUGACUGGACCCUGGCUUUCUUGUUCUCGAACAUGUGACACAGGAUGGCACACCAGGACUGUCCAGUGCCAAGAUGGGCAUGGAAAACUAGCUAAAGGAUGUCUUCUUUCUCAGAGACCAUCAGCAUUUAAGCAGUGCUUACUAAAGAAAUGUUAACCUGUGGUUAUGAUCUUCUUAAAAAGAGGUCUCAGUAAGCCAUUGUUGACAUACUAGUAUUAGGUCUACCUAGAUAGACAGAAGCCAAGGCUUCAAUGUACUUGCAUACAGUCUCAAGUUAUGGGCAGAAUCUGCCUAUUUGGACCAAAUGAAGUUGUGCACUGCUCUAUGUGACAGUGGGGUGAUCUUAGUAUGUCGCAGAAAUGAAACAUUAGAAUUGUUAUAAGCCCUCUGUGUCUGCAAAAAAGGAAGAAGAAAAACCAUGAAUGGACGGACAAUCAUGGGAUAUUUGACGGUUACAGAAUCAUCUCCCCCUUUUCACCUACCUCUAAUACAGUAUGUCCUUAGACAACUUUGUCAUACUUAGCCAUGAUACCACAGUAGCUUAUUUUAUACUGUUUAUAAAUAUCUUCCCGGUGGUAUGUCACUUUAUAUCACUUGGUUCUACUAAUUAAAAAAACCAAUCUUUCUAUAAGCAAAGUGAUUGACCAAAGUAUGUCUGCAGCCAUAGUGGACCUCUUCCAUUUUUCAGAAAUGGCUGUGGAUGUUUUACUGGAAAACGAAGACCUUGCUGUUGUUUUUAAGAGUUGUUACAUUUUUUUCUGACAACAGGAAAUGAAUUUUCAUACUAGGAAUUUCCUGACAGCAAAACUUAAUUGUGUAAUAAACAAUGCUCUUCCUCCAAGAAAUUCUUACAGGGGGAGCAUCUUAGCAGCCAUGCAGAUGAACAGUAGCUGCUAGUCUGAGCCUUUAAAUAAAAGAAAGGCAUAUAUUAUUUUGUAGAAGCAAGUUAUAGAACCAGAAAUUACAGUUCACAUAACUCAGAUAUUUUGAGACUAUUCUCAGCUGCUUUCUCUGUUGUUUUUUCUGUGGCUUCCAUGUGAAAUCUAACAAUGUGUAAUGUACCUACUUCUACUGAACAAACUAUAAAAGGUCAAAAAACACAGCAAGCAAUUAAUAGGAUUUGAACAGUGUUUUGUCCAUCAUAUCUAACUCUGGUAUCCAUAUUACCAGCAGAAGUUUGUUAAAAAAAAUUAGUUGGUUUCAUUGUGUUUUAAAACAUUGUAGAAGUCAUUCACAUUGUGUACACCUUGCAUAUUUUGAAGGAUUAAGGGUCACAGGGAAGUUAAACCACGUCAGGAUGUGGUGGAUAUAACCAAUCUCAUUAAGACUGUUUCCACA